AACAGGAACCAGCUCUAACUCUGUAUCAGAGCUGACAACAAGUUCUGUUGCUGAAAGUGAGUUAACCGCUAUAUCUUCAUAUACUGAAUCUUUAGAAACAUCCACACCACUAGCAAGCACCCCUGGCUCAUCACGGUCUAAUAGUUCUUUGCCCUCAAUGAUAACUUCUGAAACAGGAGAAACCAGUUCUCAAACCUUAUCUGGGCUGACAGAAAGUUCCACCAUAGAAAGUGAGUCAAUAUCUGUGUCUUCAUUCAAAGAUUCUUCACCUACAGAAACAUCCAUACCACUAACAAGCACCUCUGCUUUGUCACCAUCCACUAGUUCUUUACCUUCAAUGGUGACAUCUGAAAAAGGAGAAACCAGCUCUAACUCGGAUUCAGAGCCGACAACAAGUCCUUUUGCUAAAAGUGAAUUAAACUCUGUGUCCUCAUACACAGAAUCUUCAGUGACAUCCACACCACUAACAAGCAACACUGGCUCAUUAUCUACUAGUUCUUUGCUCUCAAUGGUAACUUCUGAAAUAGGAGAAACCAGCUCUAGAACAGUAUCUGGCCUGACAGCUAGUUCCACCAUGGAAAAUGAGUCAACCUCUGUCUCUUCAUCCACAGACUAUUCACCUACAGCAACAUCCAUACCACUAACAAGCACCCUUGCCACAUCAUCAUCCACUAGUUCUUUGCCUUCAAUGGUGACAUCUGAAAAAACAGGAACCAGCUCUAACUCUGUAUCAGAGCUGACAACAAGUUCUGUUGCUGAAAGUGAGUUAACCUCUAUAUCUUCAUAUACUGAAUCUUUAGAAACAUCCACACCACUAGCAAGCACCCCUGGCUCAUCACGGUCUACUAGUUCUUUGCCCUCAAUGAUAACUUCUGAAACAGGAGAAACCAGUUCUCAAACCUUAUCUGGGCUGACAGAAAGUUCCACCAUAGAAAGUGAGUCAAUAUCUGUAUCUUCAUUCAAAGAUUCUUCACCUACAGAAACAUCCAUACCACUAACAAGCACCUCUGCUUUGUCAGCAUCAACUAGUUCUUUGCCUUCAAUGGUGACAUCUGAAAAAGGAGAAACCAGCUCUGUAAAGGAGCCAACAAAAAGCUCUGUUGCUGAAAGUCAGUUAACCUCUGUCUCUUCAUACACAGAUUCUUCAGCGAUAUCAACGCCACUAACAAGCAACACUGGCUCAUUAUCUACUAGUCCUUUGCUCUCAAUGGUAACUUCUGAAAUAGGAGAAACCAGCUCUAGAACAGUAUCUGGCCUGACAGCUAGUUCCACCAUGGAAAAUGAGUCAACCUCUGUCUCUUCAUCCACAGACUAUUCACCUACAGCAACGUCCAUACCACUAAGCUCUAACUCCGCAUCGGAGAUGACAACAAGUUCUGUUUCUGAAAGCAAAUUAACCUCUGUCUCUUCAUACACAGAAUCUUCAGCAACAUCCACACCAUUAACAAGCACCACUGACUCAUCAUCUUAUUCUAGUUCUUUGCCCUCAGUGGUAACUUCUGAAACAGUAGAAACCAGCUCUAGAACAGUAUCAGGGCAUACAACAAAUUCCGCCAGGGAAAGUGACACAACCUCUGUCUCUUCAUCCAUAGACAAUUCACCUACAGAAACAUCCAUACCACAAGCAAGCACCACUACCUCAUCAUUGUCCACUAGUUCUUUGCCUUCAAUGAUGACAUCUGAAAAAAUAGAAAUCAGCUCUAACUCUGUAUCAGAGCUGACAACAAGUUCUGUUGCUGAAAGUGAGUUAACCCAUGCCUUUACAGAAACAGAAUCAGCAGCGGCAUCCACGCCACUGGUAAGAACCCAUGGUUCAUCAUCAUCUACUAGUUCUUUGUCGUCAAUGAUAACUUCUGAAGCAGGAGAAACCAGCUUUAAACAGUACCUGCAAGUUUUGCCAUGGAAAGUGAGUCAACUGGUAACUUCACAGACAGGAGAAACCAACUCUAGAACGGUAUCAGGGACAACAGCAAGUUCUGCUAGGGAAAGUGAGUUAACCUCAGUCUCUUCAUCCACAGACUCUUCACUUACAGCAACAACCAUACCACAAGCAAGUACUCCUACCUCAUCAUUGUCCACUAGUUCUUUACCUUCAAUGGUGACAUCUGAAAAAGGAGAAACCAGCUCUAACGCGGAUUCAGAGCCGACAACAAGUCCUUUUGCUAAAAGAGAAACCAGUUCUCAAACCUUAUCUGGGCUGACAGAAAGUUCCACCAUAGAAAGUGAGUCAAUAUCUGUGUCUUCAUUCAAAGAUUCUUCACCUACAGAAACAUCCAUACCACUAACAAGCACCUCUGCUUUGUCACCAUCCACUAGUUCUUUACCUUCAAUGGUGACAUCUGAAAAAGGAGAAACCAGCUCUAACUCGGAUUCAGAGCCUACAACAAGUCCUUUUGCUAAAAAAACAGAAUCAGCAGCGGCAUCCACGCCACUGGUAAGAACCCAUGGUUCAUCAUCAUCUACUAGUUCUUUGUCGUCAAUGAUAACUUCUGAAGCAGGAGAAACCAGCUUUAAAACAGUACCUGCAAGUUCUGCCAUGGAAAGUGAGUCAACGUCUGUCUCUUCAACCACAGAAGCUUCCCCUACAGCAACAUCCAUACCAGUAAUAAGCACCCCUGCUUCGUCAUCAUCCACGAGAUCUUUGCCUUCAAUGGUGACAUCAGAAAAAGGAGAAUCCAGUACUAACUCUGUAUCGGAGCAGACAACAAAUUCUGUUGCUCAAAGCGAGUUAACCUCUGUCUCUUCAGACACAGAAUCAUCAGCGACAUACACACCACUAACAAGCAAUCCGGACUUAUCAUCUUCUACUUUUUCUUUGCCUUCAGUGGUAACUUCACAGACAGGAGAAACCAGCUCUACAACGGUAUCAGGGACAAAAGCAAGUUCUGCUAGGGAAAGUGAGUUAACCUCUGUCUCUUCAUCCACAGACUCUUCACUUACAGCAACAACCAUACCACAAGCAAGUACUACUACCUCAUCAUUGUCCACUAGUUCUUUACCUUCAAUGGUGACAUCUGAAAAAGGAGAAACCAGCUCUAACUCGGAUUCAGAGCCUACAACAAGUCCUUUUGCUAAAAGUGAAUUAAACUCUUUGUCCUCAUACACAGAAUCUUCAGUGACAUCCACACCACUAACAAGCAACACUGGCUCAUUAUCUACUAGUCCUUUGCUCUCAAUGGUAACUUCUGAAAUAGGAGAAACCAGCUCUAGAACAGUAUCUGGCCUGACAGCUAGUUCCACCAUGGAAAAUGAGUCAACCUCUGUCUCUUCAUCCACAGACUAUUCACCUACAGCAACGUCCAUACCACUAACAAGCACCCUUGCCACAUCAUCCGCUAAAUCUUCAGCAACAUCCACACCAUUAACAAGCACCACUGACUCAUCAUCUUAUUCUAGUUCUUUGCCCUCAGUGGUAACUUCUGAAACAGUAGAAACCAGCUCUAGAACAGUAUCAGGGCAUACAACAAAUUCCGCCAGGGAAAGUGAGACAACCUCUGUCUCUUCAUCCAUAGACAAUUCACCUACAGAAACAUCCAUACCACAAGCAAGCACCACUACCUCAUCAUUGUCCACUAGUUCUUUGCCUUCAAUGAUGACAUCUGAAAAAAUAGAAAUCAGCUCUAACUCUGUAUCAGAGCUGACAACAAGUUCUGUUGCUGAAAGUGAGUUAACCCAUGCCUUUACAGAAACAGAAUCAGCAGCGGCAUCCACGCCACUGGUAAGAACCCAUGGUUCAUCAUCAUCUACUAGUUCUUUAUCGUCAAUGAUAACUUCUGAAGCAGGAGAAACCAGCUUUAAAACAGUACCUGCAAGUUCUGCCAUGGAAAGUGAGUCAACGUCUGUCUCUUCAACCACAGAAGCUUCCCCUACAGCAACAUCCAUACCAGUAAUAAGCACCCCUGCUUCGUCAUCAUCCACAAGAUCUUUGCCUUCAAUGGUGACAUCAGAAAAAGGAGAAUCCAGUACUAACUCUGUAUCGGAGCAGACAACAAAUUCUGUUGCUCAAAGCGAGUUAACCUCUGUCUCUUCAGACACAGAAUCAUCAGUGACAUACACACCACUAACAAGCAAUCCGGACUUAUCAUCUUCUACUUUUUCUUUGCCUUCAGUGGUAACUUCACAGACAGGAGAAACCAGCUCUACAACGGUAUCAGGGACAAAAGCAAGUUCUGCUAGGGAAAGUGAGUUAACCUCGGUCUCUUCAUCCACAGACUCUUCACUUACAGCAACAACCAUACCACAAGCAAGUACUCCUACGUCAUCAUUGUCCACUAGUUCUUUACCUUCAAUGGUGACAUCUGAAAAAGGAGAAACCAGCUCUAACUCGGAUUCAGAGCCUACAACAAGUCCUUUUGCUAAAAGUGAAUUAAACUCUGUGUCUUCAUACACAGAAUCUUCAGUGACAUCCACACCUCUAACAAGCAACACUGGCUCAUUAUCUACUAGUUCUUUGCUCUCAAUGGUAACUUCUGAAAUAGGAGAAACCAGCUCUAACUCCGCAUCGGAGAUGACAACAAGUUCUGUUUCUGAAAGCAAAUUAACCUCUGUCUCUUCAUACACAGAAUCUUCAGCAACAUCCACACCAUUAACAAGCACCACUGACUCAUCAUCUUAUUCUAGUUCUUUGCCCUCAGUGGUAACUUCUGAAACAGUAGAAACCAGCUCUAGAACAGUAUCAGGGCAUACAACAAAUUCCGCCAGGGAAAGUGAGACAACCUCUGUCUCUUCAUCCAUAGACAAUUCACCUACAGAAACAUCCAUACCACAAGCAAGCACCACUACCUCAUCAUUGUCCACUAGUUCUUUGCCUUCAAUGAUGACAUCUGAAAAAAUAGAAAUCAGCUCUAUCUCUGUAUCAGAGCUGACAACAAGUUCUGUUGCUGAAAGUGAGUUAACCCAUGCCUUUACAGAAACAGAAUCGGCAGCGGCAUCCACGCCACUGGUAAGAACCCAUGGUUCAUCAUCAUCUACUAGUUCUUUGUCGUCAAUGAUAACUUCUCAAGCAGGAGAAACCAGCUUUAAAACAGUACCUGCAAGUUCUGCCAUGGAAAGUGAGUCAACGUCUGUCUCUUCAACCACAGAAGCUUCCCCUACAGCAACAUCCAUACCAGUAAUAAGCACCCCUGCUUCGUCAUCAUUCACAAGAUCUUUGCCUUCAAUGGUGACAUCAGAAAAAGGAGAAUCCAGUACUAACUCUGUAUCGGAGCAGACAACAAAUUCUGUUGCUCAAAGCGAGUUAACCUCUGUCUCUUCAGACACAGAAUCUUCAGCGACAUACACACCACUAACAAGCAAUCCUGACUUAUCAUCUUCUACUCUUUCUUUGCCCUCAGUGGUAACUUCACAGACAGGAGAAACCAACUCUAGAACGGUAUCAGGGACAACAGCAAGUUCUGCUAGGGAAAGUGAGUUAACCUCUGUCUCUUCAUCCACAGACUCUUCACUUACAGCAAAAACCAUACCACAAGCAAGUAUUCCUACCUCAUCAUUGUCCACUAGUUCUUUACCUUCAAUGGUGACAUCUGAAAAAGGAGAAACCAGCUCUAACUCGGAUUCAGAGCCUACAACAAGUCCUUUUGCUAAAAGUGAAUUAAACUCUGUGUCCUCAUACACAGAAUCUUCAGUGACAUCCACACCACUAACAAGCAACACUGGCUCAUUAUCUACUAGUCCUUUGCUCUCAAUGGUAACUUCUGAAAUAGGAGAAACCAGCUCUAGAACAGUAUCUGGCCUGACAGUUAGUUCCACCAUGGAAAAUGAGUCAACCUCUGUCUCUUCAUCCACAGACUAUUCACCUACAGCAACGUCCAUAACAGUAACAAGCACCCUUGCCACAUCAUCCGCUAAAUCUUCAGCAACAUCCACACCAUUAACAAGCACCACUGACUCAUCAUCUUAUUCUAGUUCUUUGCCCUCAGUGGUAACUUCUGAAACAGUAGAAACCAGCUCUAGAACAGUAUCAGGGCAUACAACAAAUUCCGCCAGGGAAAGUGAGACAACCUCUGUCUCUUCAUCCAUAGACAAUUCACCUACAGAAACAUCCAUACCACAAGCAAGCACCACUACCUCAUCAUUGUCCACUAGUUCUUUGCCUUCAAUGAUGACUUCUGAAAAAAUAGAAAUCAGCUCUAACUCUGUAUCAGAGCUGACAACAAGUUCUGUUGCUGAAAGUGAGUUAACCCAUGCCUUUACAGAAACAGAAUCAGCAGCAGCAUCCACGCCACUGGUAAGAACCCAUGGUUCAUCAUCAUCUACUAGUUCUUUGUCGUCAAUGAUAACUUCUGAAGCAGGAGAAACCAGCUUUAAAACAGUACCUGCAAGUUCUGCCAUGGAAAGUGAGUCAACGUCUGUCUCUUCAACCACAGAAGCUUCCCCUACAGCAACAUCCAUACCAGUAAUAAGCACCCCUGCUUCGUCAUCAUCCACAAGAUCUUUGCCUUCAAUGGUGACAUCAGAAAAAGGAGAAUCCAGUACUAACUCUGUAUCGGAGCAGACAACAAAUUCUGUUGCUCAAAGCGAGUUAACCUCUGUCUCUUCAGACACAGAAUCAUCAGUGACAUACACACCACUAACAAGCAAUCCGGACUUAUCAUCUUCUACUUUUUCUUUGCCUUCAGUGGUAACUUCACAGACAGGAGAAACCAGCUCUACAAUGGUAUCAGGGACAAAAGCAAGUUCUGCUAGGGAAAGUGAGUUAACCUCGGUCUCUUCAUCCACAGACUCUUCACUUACAGCAACAACCAUACCACAAACAAGUACUCCUACCUCAUCAUUGUCCACUAGUUCUUUACCUUCAAUGGUGACAUCUGAAAAAGGAGAAACCAGCUCUAACUCGGAUUCAGAGCCGACAACAAGUCCUUUUGCUAAAAGUGAAUUAAACUCUGUGUCCUCAUACACAGAAUCUUCAGUGACAUCCACACCACUAACAAGCAACACUGGCUCAUUAUCUACUAGUUCUUUGCUCUCAAUGGUAACUUCUGAAAUAGGAGAAACCAGCUCUAGAACAGUAUCUGGCCUGACAGCUAGUUCCACCAUGGAAAAUGAGUCAACCUCUGUCUCUUCAUCCACAGACUAUUCACCUACAGCAACAUCCAUACCACUAACAAGCACCCUUGCCACAUCAUCAUCCGCUAGUUCUUUGCCUUCAAUGGUGACAUCUGAAAAAACAGGAACCAGCUCUAACUCUGUAUCAGAGCUGACAACAAGUUCUGUUGCUGAAAGUGAGUUAACCUCUAUAUCUUCAUAUACUGAAUCUUUAGAAACAUCCACACCACUAGCAAGCACCCCUGGCUCAUCACGGUCUACUAGUUCUUUGCCCUCAAUGAUAACUUCUGAAACAGGAGAAACCAGUUCUCAAACCUUAUCUGGGCUGACAGAAAGUUCCACCAUAGAAAGUGAGUCAAUAUCUGUAUCUUCAUUCAAAGAUUCUUCACCUACAGAAACAUCCAUACCACUAACAAGCACCUCUGCUUUGUCAGCAUCAACUAGUUCUUUGCCUUCAAUGGUGACAUCUGAAAAAGGAGAAACCAGCUCUGUAAAGGAGCCAACAAAAAGCUCUGUUGCUGAAAGUCAGUUAACCUCUGUCUCUUCAUACACAGAUUCUUCAGCGAUAUCAACGCCACUAACAAGCAACACUGGCUCAUUAUCUACUAGUCCUUUGCUCUCAAUGGUAACUUCUGAAAUAGGAGAAACCAGCUCUAGAACAGUAUCUGGCCUGACAGCUAGUUCCACCAUGGAAAAUGAGUCAACCUCUGUCUCUUCAUCCACAGACUAUUCACCUACAGCAACGUCCAUACCACUAAGCUCUAACUCCGCAUCGGAGAUGACAACAAGUUCUGUUUCUGAAAGCAAAUUAACCUCUGUCUCUUCAUACACAGAAUCUUCAGCAACAUCCACACCAUUAACAAGCACCACUGACUCAUCAUCUUAUUCUAGUUCUUUGCCCUCAGUGGUAACUUCUGAAACAGUAGAAACCAGCUCUAGAACAGUAUCAGGGCAUACAACAAAUUCCGCCAGGGAAAGUGACACAACCUCUGUCUCUUCAUCCAUAGACAAUUCACCUACAGAAACAUCCAUACCACAAGCAAGCACCACUACCUCAUCAUUGUCCACUAGUUCUUUGCCUUCAAUGAUGACAUCUGAAAAAAUAGAAAUCAGCUCUAACUCUGUAUCAGAGCUGACAACAAGUUCUGUUGCUGAAAGUGAGUUAACCCAUGCCUUUACAGAAACAGAAUCAGCAGCGGCAUCCACGCCACUGGUAAGAACCCAUGGUUCAUCAUCAUCUACUAGUUCUUUGUCGUCAAUGAUAACUUCUGAAGCAGGAGAAACCAGCUUUAAAACAGUACCUGCAAGUUUUGCCAUGGAAAGUGAGUCAACGUCUGUCUCUUCAACCACAGAAGCUUCCCCUACAGCAACAUCCAUACCAGUAAUAAGCACCCCUGCUUCGUCAUCAUCCACAAGAUCUUUGCCUUCAAUGGUGACAUCAGAAAAAGGAGAAUCCAGUACUAACUCUGUAUCGCAGCAGACAACAAAUUCUGUUGCUCAAAGCGAGUUAACCUCUGUCUCUUCAGACACAGAAUCUUUAGCGACAUACACACCACUAACAAGCAAUCCUGACUUAUCAUCUUCUACUCUUUCUUUGCCCUCAGUGGUAACUUCACAGACAGGAGAAACCAACUCUAGAACGGUAUCAGGGACAACAGCAAGUUCUGCUAGGGAAAGUGAGUUAACCUCAGUCUCUUCAUCCACAGACUCUUCACUUACAGCAACAACCAUACCACAAACAAGUACUCCUACCUCAUCAUUGUCCACUAGUUCUUUACCUUCAAUGGUGACAUCUGAAAAAGGAGAAACCAGCUCUAACUCGGAUUCAGAGCCGACAACAAGUCCUUUUGCUAAAAGUGAAUUAAACUCUGUGUCCUCAUACACAGAAUCUUCAGUGACAUCCACACCACUAACAAGCAACACUGGCUCAUUAUCUACUAGUUCUUUGCUCUCAAUGGUAACUUCUGAAAUAGGAGAAACCAGCUCUAGAACAGUAUCUGGCCUGACAGCUAGUUCCACCAUGGAAAAUGAGUCAACCUCUGUCUCUUCAUCCACAGACUAUUCACCUACAGCAACGUCCAUACCACUAACAAGCACCCUUGCCACAUCAUCAUCCGCUAGUUCUUUGCCUUCAAUGAAACAUCCACACCACUAG